AUGGGAGUGCUGAGGGAGCCAGCAGAUAUCCUUGCCAGGCCACUCACGAUGGUCUCUGAUCGCUGCGACGCGGAGCAGCUCCCCGGGGGUCGAUACAGGCUCCAGUCCUGUUCGGGUGCGCGGCUGUGUCUUACGGUUGCCUUUUCCCCUCGCUGCUUGCAGCAGAGCCAAGCCAUCCCGCUCGUCUCUGUGGCAAGUGUCACUUCUGGAGGGAGCUCGGGCAAAGUGGUAAAAAGACAAGUGUCCAACGUAGCAGAGGAAGAUCGUGGAGAAAAGACUGAAAAGGCUGGGGAAGCACUGGAAAUAGAUAUGCUGAAGGUUUCUGGCACAGAAAACUCUGAGCAUGUUUUCAGGAGAAGCCUUUCUUCACCUCCCUAUGCAGGGUCGGCAGAGGCUUCUAAUAAUUCCAGCGGUGCGAAGUCAGACAUGGACAUGGCGUAUGAAAGAGCCAGGGUGCACUUUGGCUCGGAGGAGACUGCCAGCAGUCCUGCUGUGGGCAAGUCGAUACUGAAGAAGACUGUGACCGUGACAGAAACACCUUCAGCAGUUUUCCAUUAUAGUGCUGUGCAAGAUUCCUGUAAUAGCAAGCAUAUUGAUGCCAUCGUCGAAGCAGCGAAGAAAGACCUUUCAACCUUGAUGAAACUUGAUGAUCCUGCGUUGUUGAAUGGCAAAGUGACGCUACAUCAGGUUACUGCUGGGACUGUGCUGUCGAGGCAGGGAGAUCAGGAUGUUAAUGUUUGCUUUGUGGUCUCGGGGAUGCUUCAUGUGUACCAACGGAAGAUAGACUCGGAGGAGGACACCUGUCUGUUCAUUACCCAUCCAGGAGAACUCGUAGGCCAGCUCGCUGUCCUGACUGGGGAGCCCCUGAUUUUCACCAUCAAGGCCAAUCGAGACUGCAGCUUCCUCUCUAUUUCCAAGUCCCACUUCUAUGAGAUAAUGCGGGAGCAGCCAAGCGUCGUUCUGGGUGUGGCCCACACUGUCGUGAAGAGAAUGUCCCCCUUCGUUAGGCAAAUUGACUUUGCCCUGGAUUGGAUGGAGGUUGAGGCUGGACGAGCUGUUUACAGGCAGGGGGACAAGUCAGACUGCACGUACAUAGUGUUGAAUGGUCGACUUCGCUCGGUCAUACGGAUGGAUGAUGGAAAAAAGCACCUGACGGGUGAAUAUGGACGAGGAGACUUGAUCGGAGUGGUAAGAGUCGGUUUCAAAAUGAACCUUUUGGCUGAAAAACUAGUGUUGUCUCCACACUAA